AUGGAAUCGAUUUCUCCCUUAUAUUCUGUCAUCCCGGAGGCGAAUUACUCGCCGCCAUGGCAAAACUUGAGCAUCAUCGGCAUCGCAGGAAGUUCUGGCUCCGGAAAGACCUCGGUGGCCAUGGAGAUCGUCAAGUCACUUAACCUACCUUGGGUGGUUAUCCUUGUCAUGGAUUCUUUCUACAAGUCUUUGUCAUCUGAGGAGCAUCGCAAAGCCCAUGCAAACAAAUAUGAUUUCGAUAGCCCAGAAUCUAUUGAUUUUGAUCUUCUUGUGGGAACCCUUCAAGACCUGAAAAAAGGGAAAACUGCCAAUAUCCCAGUAUACUCAUUUGCAGACCAUCAGCGACAAGCUCAGACGACCAAAAUUUACUCUCCUCGAGUGCUUAUUCUGGAGGGAAUUCUGGCUUUGCAUGAUCAACGAAUUUUGGAUAUGCUAGAUGUUAAGAUUUUCGUUGAUGCCGACAUGGAUGUCUGUUUGGGCCGUAGAAUUCUUCGUGAUGUCCGUGAAAGAGGACGAGAUAUUGAUGGUAUUAUCAAGCAGUGGUUUGAAUAUGUCAAGCCAUCCUACACUAGAUUUGUGGACCCUCAACGACAUAUCUCCGAUAUUAUUAUCCCUCGUGGAAGAGAUAAUAUAACUGCUAUCGAUAUGGUGGUCAAGCACAUCCAGAUUAAGCUUCAAGAAAAGUCAGAGCAACAUACUGCAGAGCUCCACAAGCUUGGACUCAUUGCAGCAGACAUUAAAUUGCCGCCCAAGGUACACGUACUGCCUUCUACACCGCAGCUGCUCGGAAUGCAUACUAUUCUACAGAGCCCCGAGACUGAACAUGUCGACUUCGUUUUCUACUUCGAUCGACUUGCUUCUAUUCUCAUCGAAAAGGCCAUGGACAUGACAUCAUACGUUCAAGGAGAUGUAGAGACCCCACAAGGAAAUCACUACAUGGGUCUCAAACCAGAGGGUAUUGUUUCGGCAGUUGCCAUCCUACGAGGAGGUUCAUGCUUGGAGACUGCUCUGAAACGAACUAUUCCCGACUGCAUCACGGGUCGGGUCUUGAUUCAAACAAACGAGAAUAACGAAGAACCAGAACUUCACUAUUUGAAAUUGCCACCCAAGAUUGAGGAGCACUCCUCCGUAUUGCUCCUUGAUCCCCAGAUGUCCAGUGGAGGCGCUGCACUGAUGGCUGUCCGUGUCUUGGUUGAUCAUGGAGUCGACGAACGCAAUAUUGUCUUCGUAGCAUGUGCAGCGGGAGAACUGGGCCUGAAGAGGUUGGCUGCGGUGUUCCCCAAUAUCACGGUUAUUGUUGGUCGAAUUGGCGAGGAGGGCGAGCCACGAUGGAUGGAAAAGCGCUACUUUGGCUGCUAA